UUGGCAUUGUGAAUUUGUGACGUUGUUUAAACGCUUUUGUCGUCUGCUGACUUGACGUGACUUGACGUGAAAAGUCCUCAACUUUGUUUCCGAACAAAAAAGAAAACAAAAGAAAACGACCGAGAUCGUGAAAGUGAUAAAACUUACAACAAAGAUCGCCAACCAAAGAACUUGUCAGAGACCGUGGCCGUGAGAGGAGAGAACGUGAAAGGAAGAGAUCACGCAGUUUCUCUCGUAGCCGUGAUCGUACAACAAGAAGACGUAGUUCCAGAUCUCGUUUCAGGUUUUUAGGUUGUUUCAAAAUGAUGAACAACUCAAAAUCAAAAUCCAAACCUCGUGGAAAGCGAAAUAAAAUUAAGAAGUCAUCCAAAAAGAAAAAUGCUGAUUUGGACAAGGAACAAGAUGAUGCAGUAUCUAGUAGUGCUGGUCAUUACGUGAAUACUUUAGAACAGCCGUUGACUCGGCGUCCAUUAUCAAGUACUUCAAAUGAAGACACGGUUGAAACAGUUUAUGCUGAAUCCAAUCAUGUUCCACUGGUGAUCCCCAAAUGGGAAAAACCAUAUACUCAAAGAAAAUCUUUCCAUCUUGCAAGGGAUCCCCGAAUGACCUCAAAUCCCAUUAUGGAACGUGAUGAUGACAUGGAUGAAGAUAUUUCCAAUGAAGCAUUUCCUCCGGAUUUGACAAAUAACGAAUUAGUACACACCGCAUUUCUUCACUCAAUCAUCGACAUCAACGUCGAAAAUGUUAAAAGUGAAAAAGAUGAUCUUGGAGAAAAUGACGAUUGGAAAACUCGGUUUUGGAGUGAAGCAAAUUCAACCACUGAAGAACCUACUGCUGUUCCAGUAGUACGAAUUAAAUCUGAGCCUAUGGAUGAGAAAGAUUUUAAUCCAUCUUCCGAACCAAUCGAAGAUGACCGCUGCUCUAUCGACUCUGGUUCUAUUGUUGGCCUCCCAUCUCCCGGACGGGCAUCUCCUACUCCAUCAAUUAAAAAUGGUGAAGAAAACCAAACAGCGGGCGGUAUUUCAGAUGAAAAUGAAACACCCAGAAUCUCUCCUGAGCAACGGUUGAUCUCAUCGGAACGUAAAGACGACGCGGAUGUCACUCCGGCGUCUGGCAUCCAAUCAGGAAUGACAGUGCAGCAUUUGCCACCUCAGCAGCCUGCCCAGCUAGUUGCCGCACAGAUUCCAGUAAUGGCCCAACAAAACUUGAUUCCCGUGCAAGCCAGCAGUAGCAGAAACAUUGGAGCUCAUGUGCCGACCUUAAUCCAGCCAUCGACGAGGGUUCUGACGCAAUCAAAUUCGAUGCAUCCGGUCGUGCUGUUGCCUCCAUCGGCUCCAUUGCAGCAACAAUCGCAGCCGACACCGGUAGUACCAAUUCACGGUCCUCCACCAUUGGUUCCAAAUCGCGGACUCAUUCCUCAGCACCCACAUACGCCGAUUAAAUAUUUAAUUAAAGAUUGGGGUAUACCUAGUGAUACACCAGCUGCACCACCUGCUACAACUACACCUCGUAGCGGUGCAGCAACAUCAUCAGCCAACGACGACUGGGGUUCAGAAGCCGAUGCCUGGGCAUCUGGAACUAGUAGCAAGCCAACAACUCCGAGAGCUGCACCGUCCGCUAGUUCAUCUGGUGGUGGCGGUGAUGAUUGGUCAUCAGCAGCUGAUACCUGGGCCAGUGGAAGCAGCUCCAAGACCACAACGCCUAGUGCCAGCAAAUCGGAUUAUCCAUGGAGUGUCGUAGUUAACAGUGGAGGAUGGUCUUACUGCUCUAGAGGAAGAGGAGGAGGAACCAUGUCCUAUUAUAAUUCUCAGUCUAGCUUUGGCCCCAAUGGAGAAAGUAGCGACAAUCGCUCCCGAAACUCUACAGCGCCUGUCAUUAAUGAUGAUUGGAGGCGUUCUGCCACCACAAGCAGCAGUCACUGGACUACAGGCAGUAGAAAAUUCAACGACGACGCUUGGGGAGCUCCUGCAUCUACUCAAGGAGGCAGUAGAGCAGAUUUAAACGGAAGACGAAUCAAGCUUGUCGAGGAUAAAGAUUCGGGUAGACGCGGAUCUCGCCGUCGUUCUCGCUCAUCAUCGCGUUCCCGUUCUCGUUCCCGCUCACGUCGUCGCUCACGUCGUCGCUCACGUUCCCGCUCACGUUCCCUCUCACGUCAUCGCUCACGUCGUCGCUCACAUUCUCGCUCCAGGUCCAGAAGCAAGAGCCGCAGUCGUUCAAAAAGGAAAAUUGUCGUAAAUGUCCGUUUAGGAAGCAAAAGUCGCAGCCGCUCCAAAUCUCGCGGGCAUUCAAAGUCCAAGAGCAAGUCCCGUUUGCGUUCUUCGAGAAAGUCUCGAUCCGAGUCGAGGUCUCGCGACAACUCUAUGGAUAGGUCAAAGAGCGAGUCACACUCACGUUCGUCAAGAAAGUCUCGCUCAAAGUCCAGGUCUCGUGACAAGUCAGUGGAUAGAGAUCGUUCUGAAUCUCGUGACAAGUUUUUUGUACGCCCUGACUCCGUAAGAAAAUGCUUCCGCUGCGGUGUAGUGGGCCAUGAAGCCAAAAACUGUAGAAACAACGAUAAAAAUACCUGGGCAUCUGGAACUAGUAGCAAGCCAACAACUCCGAGAGCUGCACCGACCGCUACUUCAUCUGGUGGUGGCGGUGAUGAUUGGUCAUCAGCAGCCGAUACCUGGGCCAGUGGAAGCAGCUCCAAGACCACAACGCCUAGUGCCAGCAAAUCGGAUGAUCCAUGGAGUGACGUAGUUAACAGUGGAGGAUCGUCUUACAGCUCUAGAGGAGGAGGCGUAGGAUCGUAUGGCUCUAGAGGAGGCGCUAGCGGCGGCAGAGGAGGAGGAGGAAGACCCUGCUUCAACUGCAAUGAAGAAGGUCACUUGUCUAGAGAAUGCCCCAAGCCUUCUACCAGGGGAGGUGGUAGAGGAGGAGGAAGCACUGCGACGUGUUAUAAUUGCAAUGAAGAAGGUCACAUGUCGAGAGAAUGCCCCGAGCCUUCUACCAGGGGUAGAGGAGGAGGAAGAGGAGGAGGUAGCGGUGGUGGAAGGAUUACUUGCUUUAUGUGUAAUGAAGAAGGGCACAUGUCAAGAGAUUGUCCCAAUGGAGGCAGUAGCGGGGGAGGCAGUCGCUUCCGAUCCAGUACCGCGCCUGCCGAUGAUGAUUGGAGAACAUUUUACGCCCCCAGCAGCAGCAGUCCAUGGGCUACGGGUGCUAAUGCAGCUCCUAGAGGUAGAGCAACACCAAGUGCCAGCAAGUCAAAUGACGAUGAUUGGGGAGCGUCUACCACUGCACCUGGAACAACACCGAGAUCUGGUGAUGGUCGAAGAAGCUCCCGCCCAGGUGGUCGCAGUCCACGACAGAUGGAAAUGGGUGAUGCCACUCCACUCAACGACGAGUAG